GUUUUUUCCCGCAUUCUUUUCUCCACCUCUUCUCCAUCACUUGUGGUUUGGCGAGGAACGUUGCAGUACUGACCUUGAUCUUCAGCCAUGAUUGUCCCGGCGUUGUUGUUAGUGACGUCAGCAGUGGCCCUCGCGGCUCCGUGAAUUGAAAUGACACAAGCAAUUCAAUCAAACUUCAGGGACCAACCAGAGGAAUAUCCGUUCGAAACCUUCAAAACCAUGCACAGUAAAAACUACAGCUCCCCUGCCGAGGAGACCAGAAGGCGGGAGAUAUUUGAAAAGAACGCUAAGCUUAUCGCCGCUCACAACUUCUUUUACGCUGUGGGAAUGAUUUCAUAUUUCAUGGACGUCAACCAGUUCUCAGAUAUGACUUCUGAAGAGUGGCUAUCGCUCUACACAAGCCCUCUACCCGAUUACACCAACACCGGAAACGAAUCCACCUUCCUUCCACCGGAGAAUUUUAUUGCCGCUCCAACUGUUGAUUGGCGUAGGAAGGGAUACGUAACGCCGGUUAAACACCAGGGGGGUUGCGGUUCCUGUUGGGCAUUCAGUUCUACGGGGUCCCUUGAAGGACAACACUACAAGAAGACGGGAACAUUGGUAUCUCUGAGUGAACAGCAACUUGUGGACUGCUCCCGUUCCUAUGGUAACCAUGGAUGCAGUGGCGGCUUUGUGAACUUGGCGUUCGACUACAUUAAACGUGCUGGCGGUAUUGAGGGCGAAUCAGACUAUCCAUAUCGGGGACUGGAUUUGUCCUGCAAAUUCCUAAAGUCUAAGGUUAAAGCUACCGUAACCGGAAGCACUAUGAUGCCUGUGGUCCCAUCAGGUAGCGAGUUCGCGCUCCAGGCGGCUGUAGCAUCCGUGGGCCCGGUGUCUGUCUCUAUACACGCCACCCCAUCCUUCCAGCACUACGCCGGGGGUGUGUUCAGCGACCCAACAUGCUCACCCUCAAAGUUGAAUCACGCGGUGUUAGUGGUUGGGUACGGCUCUUUCCAAAAGGACUACUGGCUCGUGAAGAACUCGUGGGGCAAAGGCUGGGGCCAGGGGGGAUACAUCUGGAUGGCCCGCAACAAGGGAAACAUGUGCGGCAUCGCGAGUUUAGCCAUAUAUCCGCAGGUGUAACUUAAUACAUCGGCGGCGUCACCCAUAGUACAACACUACUUUGCAAUAUAUUAGUAGUUGUUUGGAACUAGUUAACUCAAAGUUUGACAAGCAGGACCAUGAAUAAGAAUUUCUUGUUUAUAUAGAACAUUUCAUGUUUUGAAAAAUUGUAGACUAUCGAUAGUCAAACACUUGACAUAGAAAACGUUUAGAAAAUGCAAAUCAUAUUUGAAAGUAUGCCAUAGGUGCAUUAGCCACAACAAAAUGUAUUAUACCACAUGUUGUUUCUAUUAUUUGUUAUAA